AUGCGGUUCAGCAAUCAGCUUGCAUCUUUCAUGGUCCUGGCAACUUCUGCCUAUGCAGUUGAUCCGGCCGAUAUCUAUGAUGGAGGAUACAACUCUUCAGACGCAAGUGUCGAGCUUCGCAUUGGGAAUGGCGGUGCUGGCCAAAGCGGUCUCAUAAAGGUGCUCGCCGAUGCCUACAUCCAGUCAAGCGUCAAGAAUGGGUCGUCCCCGUUUAAGAUUGCCUGGUACGAGAGCGAUACUACAGAGAGCAUCGACUACCUGAAGUCUGACACGGUGGAUAUUGGCAUCACGUAUAACCCUGCCGCAGAAACCAUUGCCAUCAACCAGGGCAUCGCCCAGUCUCCGGCCUGGUAUGCCUGGCGAGAUCACUUCCUCCUUGUCGGCCCUCCGUCAAACCCAGCCAAUAUCUCCAAAAAUGAUGACAUCUACACCAUGUUCUCCGAUAUGUUCAAAGUGGCUGAGGCAGGCACCACGACUCCUCCGGUCCGAUUCCUCUCUCGCUACGAUAAGUCCGCUACCAACAUUAAGGAGUCUGAUAUCUGGGUGGAAAUCGGACAUGUCCCAUGGGCCACUGCCUAUUCCACCUGGUACCACCAGUACAUUGCGUUCCCCGUCCAGGCCCUGGAAGCUGCAAUCCUACUUGAAGAAUACACCAUCACCGACAGAGGCACAUUUCUGUCUAUUGACUCUUCGCUUGAAAACCAGACCACCAUCUACAAGGCCGCCACGGACGCCGCCUCGGACCCGCUCCUCAACCCUGCGCACAUCCUCAUCGGCACCAACGCCACCAACGUCGAUAUGGCCGAGUCAUUCACAUACUGGGCUGUCAGUUCUGAGGGCCAGGCCGUCAUCACCGGCUUCAAAAAGAACGGGCAGCAGUUGUACUCUGCCGCGCCGAGCAACAAGACUGCUCAGUUCCGCUAG